AUGAAAUUCCUGCUAAUCACAUUACCGCCACAGAACACCAAUUCCCAUCAUUCGCAUUUUAGUCUUCAAGUAAAGGAACAUACGUAUAUCGUAAACAUUUUAUUUUCUUUCUUUCUUUCUUUCUUUCUUUCUUUCUUUCUUUCUAUCUACCUAUCUAUCUCAGUCUGCUCAUAUCUAUGUCAGUCUUUUCAUAACUAUCUCAGUUUGUUCAUAUCUAUCUAUCUAUCUAUCUAUCUAUCUAUCUAUCUAUCUAUCUAUUUGUUCAUAUCUAUUAAUGUCUGUCUGAUAUCUAUCUAUCUAUCUAUCUAUCUAUCUAUCUGUUCAUAUCUAUUAAUGUCUGUGAUAUCUAUCUAUCUAUCUAUCUAUCUAUCUAUCUAUCUAUCUGUUCAUAUAUAUUCAUGUCUGUCUGAUAUCUAUCUAUCUAUCUAUCUAUCUAUCUAUCUAUCUGUUCAUAUCUAUUAA